GGCCAAGCCGGGAGCAGUGGUCGCAUCCCGAGGGCGUCGCGUCGUUGCCUCCGCCGAACAGCCGCAGUCCUCCCGUGGGCAUCCCCGAAACUUGUGUGCGCCGACUCCCUGCAGCAGCUCAAUUCUCGGCUCCGGGCCGCCCUUCAGCAUCAUGUGCGGUAUUUUUGCUUACUUAAACUACCAUGUUCCUCGCACAAGACGAGAAAUCUUGGAGACCCUAAUCAAAGGCCUUCAGAGACUGGAGUACAGAGGAUAUGAUUCUGCUGGUGUGGGUGUUGACGGAGGAAAUGACAAAGACUGGGAAGCCAAUGCUUGUAAAAUCCAGCUCAUUAAGAAGAAAGGAAAAGUUAAGGCACUGGAUGAAGAAGUUCACAAACAACAGGAUAUGGAUUUGGAUAUAGAAUUUGAUGUACACCUUGGAAUUGCUCAUACCCGUUGGGCAACUCAUGGCGAACCCAGUCCUGUUAAUAGUCACCCCCAGCGCUCUGAUAAAAAUAAUGAGUUUAUUGUUAUUCACAAUGGAAUCAUCACCAACUACAAAGACUUGAAAAAGUUUUUGGAAAGUAAAGGCUAUGACUUUGAAUCUGAAACGGAUACAGAAGCAAUUGCCAAACUUGUAAAGUACAUGUAUGACAAUUGGGAAAGCCAGGACAUCAGCUUUACUACGUUGGUGGAGAGAGUUAUCCAACAAUUGGAAGGUGCUUUUGCACUUGUAUUUAAAAGUGUUCAUUUUCCUGGGCAAGCAGUUGGCACAAGGCGAGGAAGUCCUCUCUUGAUUGGUGUGCGAAGUGAACAUAAACUUUCUACGGAUCACAUCCCGAUACUGUACAGAACAGGGAAAGACAAGAAAGGAAGCUGCAAUCUCUCCCGUGUGGACAGCACGACAUGCCUUUUCCCUGUUGAGGAAAAAGCUGUAGAGUAUUACUUUGCCUCUGAUGCAAGUGCUGUCAUAGAACACACCAAUCGUGUCAUCUUUCUAGAAGAUGAUGAUGUUGCAGCAGUGGUGGAUGGCCGUCUAUCUAUCCAUCGAAUUAAACGAACUGCCGGAGAUCAUCCUGGCCGAGCUGUGCAGACACUCCAGAUGGAACUCCAGCAGAUCAUGAAGGGCAACUUUAGUUCAUUUAUGCAGAAGGAAAUUUUUGAGCAGCCAGAAUCUGUUGUGAACACAAUGAGAGGAAGAGUCAACUUUGAUGACUAUACUGUGAAUUUGGGUGGUUUAAAGGAUCACAUUAAGGAGAUCCAGAGGUGUCGGCGUUUGAUUCUUAUUGCUUGUGGAACAAGUUACCAUGCUGGUGUAGCAACACGUCAAGUUCUUGAGGAGCUGACCGAAUUGCCAGUGAUGGUAGAACUAGCCAGUGACUUCCUGGAUAGAAACACGCCAGUUUUUCGAGAUGAUGUUUGCUUUUUCAUUAGUCAAUCAGGUGAGACAGCUGAUACCCUGAUGGGUCUUCGUUACUGUAAGGAGAGAGGAGCUUUAACUGUGGGGAUCACAAAUACAGUCGGCAGUUCUAUAUCAAGGGAGACAGAUUGUGGGGUUCACAUUAAUGCUGGUCCUGAGAUUGGCGUGGCCAGUACAAAGGCUUACACCAGCCAGUUUGUGUCCCUAGUCAUGUUCGCCCUUAUGAUGUGUGAUGACAGGAUCUCCAUGCAAGAGAGACGCAGAGAGAUCAUGCUUGGAUUGAAACGGCUGCCAGAUUUGAUUAAGGAAGUACUGAGCAUGGAUGAUGAAAUUCAGAAGCUGGCAACUGAGCUGUAUCAUCAGAAGUCAGUCUUGAUAAUGGGACGUGGCUAUCAUUAUGCUACUUGUCUUGAAGGAGCACUGAAAAUCAAAGAAAUUACUUACAUGCACUCUGAAGGCAUCCUCGCUGGUGAGCUGAAGCAUGGCCCUCUGGCCUUGGUGGACAAGCUGAUGCCUGUCAUCAUGAUCAUCAUGCGUGAUCACACUUACACCAAGUGUCAGAAUGCUCUGCAGCAGGUGGUUGCUCGGCAGGGGCGCCCUGUGGUAAUCUGUGACAAGGAGGAUACUGAAACCAUUAAGAACACAAAAAGGACUAUCAAGGUGCCUCACUCAGUGGACUGCUUGCAGGGCAUUCUCAGUGUGAUCCCUCUACAGCUGUUGGCUUUCCAUCUUGCUGUGCUGAGAGGCUAUGAUGUUGAUUUUCCACGGAAUCUUGCCAAAUCUGUAACUGUAGAGUAGAGGACAUCAGCAAAUUGGGACACUUAGUCAAUCAACAAAGACACCUUUUGUAUUUAAAAUGUCACUUCCUGAAACUCUUUUUUAGAAAGUCCUUAUUUAUAUAUCAGUUAUAGUUAUUUCACUCAAUUUAUGAUUUUUUGUGCAAUUUCCUCUUAUAGUUUUCCAGUAAUAUGUGGGGGAAUUUGAUCACUAGGACCUAAAUCUAUAUCUAAGCUAAAAUCAGAUUUUUAACUGCCUUUUCCUUUUUAAAGAACUGAAUAAUGAAUUUCUGAGUCCUCCACUUUAAUAGGAGACGGUUGUUAGAUUUUUGAAGCAGUUUCCUUUGUUUUUCCAGUGCUGCUUUUUGGUCAGACCAAUGAAAGAGCAGUGCACUUAAUAGGAAUAUUCAGUGCCAGUGACAAUACAUGCUAAUUCUUAGACAUCUACUGAAGGUUUUGCUAAAUUUAUAUAUAGAGAAUAGGCUGUGAUUUAUUUUGAGACUUGUUUUUGUUUUGAUUUUAAGUCAGACUGUACAACUGAAGGACUUGGUGGGAUGUAUACCUGAGUUGACUUAGUUUUUCAGCUUGUCUGUUAUCUCUGUAGGAGGGUAGUUUAGGGAGCAGACUGUUGUAGUCGUGCAUUGUCUUCCAGACUUGAAGAGAACAUUGUGUAUUCUUUUGUAGUACAUACUUCAAAGUAACUGUUUUAGACACUGAUUAUGUCUUGACAUUUGAAGAUAGGAUAUUGGAUAUCCUACUUACACCUUGCUGUUUUCAUCUCUCUCUUUUUUCAUCUCUUAAAAGUAGGUUUUGUCCAUGUAACUAGUAUUUUUUAAAAAAAUAAUUAUUGAAUGACGUUUUUAUUUUCUUUGAAAUUAUAGCACAAAGCUGCUGCUAUUAAGAAUCUCAUAUCAAUAGGCUCACUACUGUCUUCAGCUUUGUACCAAGGAAGAGUUUCCUAGAAUUAAAAUAACUUCCUUUACUACAUUGCAUCAAGUAUACCUUAGUGCCAGUGUGGAGAUUUUGUAAUUGCUUGAAGGAUUUAUAAGACUUUGGCUGUUUGAUCUUAGAUGUGUGGUAGGUUAGGCUCAGAAAGUUACCUGGUUUACACAGUAGAAUGACAUCAGAUGUAGUAUUACUUCUGAGGUGCUUUCCUUUCUGUAGUUUCUGUCCUCUAUUCAGGAGCGAAGACAAUAUAAAGUGAUACUAAAGUGCUAUUAGCUGUCUAGUGUCAGAAAUGGAAGUGGAUAAUUUGGAUUAAAAUAUUGAAAAUAGAAUAUUAGUUUGAUACUCCAAAACUGUGUGUGGAAUAAUUUCACAGAGGUUUUUGGACAGAACCUUGGGGGCUGUAGGAGAAUGUGCUUAUGUUUUAGUUAGGUCCUUUUCUCUUUAAAAUUUUGAAGGUGAAAUAUUUAGCACGGUUGUCAGUAAGCUCAGUCUUUCUUUUGAGUAUGUGUUUGAAGUUGAUGUUAUGGCUACAAUUUAUAAAUUUAUGAAGGAGGAUUGGGAAAAGUUUGCAUAUUUUGAGGCAAUUUAGAAGGACUCAUUGAUAAGAGACUGGAAACUUGUUUAAUACAGAACAAGGUCACAAUUUACAUCGUAUGUGUACUUCUUUAGCUUUAUCCUUAUUAUUUCUAAGAUUUUGUGUGUGCUUCAAUAUGUGUAUAGUGUUGUUUAUGUUGGUGUAGUAACAUUCUAUACGAUACUCAUGGUUUGUAUGGGUUUUUAGCUUUUUUUUUUUUGUGCAUCAUUCUAGGUUGUAAGGUAUGCUAUGUCGGUACACUGGGAGAGAGAUUGUGAAAUGACCACCUCAGGAUUCUUAGGUUAUCCUCCAUCUAAAAUACUUACUCAUUCUUUGAGACAUUCAGAGUUCUUUGGUGGCUAUUUUGGAUUAUAUGAUGCAGUUUUGUCAACUGUGUUGUCAUAAUUCUUUGAACUUAUUUAUCAGUCUCUCCCUCCACAUGCACUACAAGUUAGGGUAAGGCCUAAACUGAACAAUAAAAAACAAAAUAGAAAAAAAAAGUGCUGUUUUCCAAAUAAAUAUGAUUCCUUUUCACUUUUUGCUUUCUACUCUGUUACUAUUUUAAAUUAUUUUAUUCUUAAUAUACAAAAGAUAUUUUAACCAUUAAGUAAGUAAGCAUGCCCCACUAGCACCAAUGUAAUUUAGGACACAGAAAUCUGAUUUUUCAAAAAGAUAUUCUGCAAAAAGAGUCUUUCUGUAAAAAAUUCUUUUUUUAUAAUGUGUUUAAAAUUUAAGUUCACUCAUAUUUUUUACCCCAUGAGCCCUGGUUAGGCAGGGAGACAUGUAGCAUUUAACACAUGUCCUGGUAAAUAGCUAUGGCAUUGAAGUCAGCUUCUUUUCUUAAUCCCCAGUGCCAUAGGAAUAAAGAUUAGAGAAAAUGUAAUGUUAAUUCUUUAGUUUGUAACAACCAUGUAACCAGAUUUAUUAAUACCUGUUGUGAGGAAGUCAUUGUACUAGGCAUGAGAGCCAUAUCAUCUCUAAAGUGGUGUCUGACUGUUCCCAGUGAGUUCUUGUGAAGGCCAGACUACUUGGAAGACAGGGUGAGAGUGGAAAAAUGGAGUUGAGCUGAGGAGUUUGAUGCUCUGCAUCGAUUUGUUUACUUAAGCUGUGGUCCAAAUUUUGGGACAUAUGUUCAUAAGAAGGAAAUGUAUUUGCUGCUUUGUCCCACUCUAAAAACGAUACAUAAGUCUAUGGUACUCUAAGAAACAACAGUUAAUAAUAUACCAAGAUGAUAAGCAAUCAUUUGUCUCUGUUCUGCGGGAACCUCCACAGGGUGAUGUACAACCUCUUCUGUGUAGCAGGUUUGUUUCUGAAAUGAUACUGUCUCCUUGGGAAUCCAGGUCUCAUCCUGGGAGAUGGAAGGAAAGGAGCCUGCUUUUGGCAUUUUGGUAAUACUGCUCUCACAUUUAUCUAUUACUUUUGAAAGAAGGAAACCAGCUGAAUUGUUUACUUUGACAGACAUGUUUUAAACUUUUUGGGGUCAGUUUGUUUCUAUCCUUUUCUUAUAAUUAGGAUAUUCUAUAGCAAUAAAAGACACCUAUUUAUUAUGUGCUACAAGUGAAAUAAUUUUUCUCUAAAAAAGCACAAUGUCAUUGCAAAGUAUUUGUUGAAAAGAAUUCAUAAUUUACAUUGAAUUUGGAAAGGCCAAAGAAAUUUAAAGGAAUGGUAAAGCUAUUUUGUUUAUGGUAUCCACUGUUUAGUACAUUUGUGUGCAAGAGUACCAGGCAGUAUUUCAGCCAUGGAUACAGAUUUCAGGUUGCUUUGUUUAGAGUCUCAAGUUUAAAAGUUUUAACAUAUUAAUUAGUCUUUUCCAUUUUAAAGUUUAUAAAUAAACAUUUCAGUAUCGUAACAGCUUGAUUAGUUUUAAGUGUAUCUUUAAGUCUAAGACAGUGACAUUAAGACUGAUGACAUUGGCUUCAGAUCAGUAAUAUCCAUAAUUAAGUAAACCUGUUAAGUUUUAUCAUAUUAACUUGUAAGACUGUUAAUAGUUUGAUACCAACAUGUUAUAAAAUAUAGCAUAAUUGAAGGCUAAUGAGAACAACUUUGGAAAUUCUCAAAUUAUUUGCUUUCUGUACUCCUUUCCAGAAUGGAUAUAGAAAUAUUCCUGUUAACUUUCUGAAUAUUUUCUGGCUGAAUGUGUCUUUGCAUAAAUAAAAUUUUGGUAUUUGUUUAAAUUAUACUUCUUGUACAAGGUAGGGGAAAUUUAGAACCAUUCUUGUUUUGAUUUUGUAUUCUUUGAAAUGAAUGUUUAGUUUUCUGAGCCAGUUGGUCAUUUCAUCUUCAUACUCUGUCAAAUCCAGUGACUCUAAACCAGAACUGUGAAUAAAUUACCAAAAACUUA